CACUCAUCUGUCCAAUCAGGAGCAAGAGACGCGGGUGCGGUUUUGACAGACCCGGAAAUAAACCAAUAGUUGUCCUGGGACGGACGCCUUCGCAUCGUCCUUGUUGUAGGAAGUAAAGUCUGUCAAACAUGAGUUUCCACUACGGCCAGGGAUAUCCAGGAGGAGGUAACCAACCACCCAGUGCUCCAUACAGGGGAGGAGGUUCUCACUAUGGCCAUCAACCCUCUGCGCCAUAUGGAGGUGCGCCAGGGGCUUAUGGAGCCCAGGGCCACGGAGCCCAGGGCCACGGAGCCCAGGGCCACGGAGGGCAGUAUGGGCAUGGACAAGGGGUUGCCCCUGGCGGACCAUAUGGGGGUUAUGGGGCACAACCCCAUGGAGGGCAUUAUGGACAUCAUGCUCCUGCAGGUAACAUCCCUCAUGGUGUUAACCCAGAGGCGCACCAGUGGUUCCAGACAGUCGACACAGACCGCAGCGGCUUCAUCAACCUCAAGGAGCUGAAGCAGGCACUUGUCAACUCCAACUGGUCUGCAUUUAAUGACGAGACGUGCCUCAUGAUGAUCAACAUGUUUGACAAGACGCGGUCAGGGCGAAUAGACAUGUUUGGCUUCUCUGCACUGUGGGACUUCAUGCAGCGGUGGAGAGCUCUCUUCCAGCAGUAUGACAGAGACCGCUCAGGCUGCAUCAGCAGCGUGGAGCUGCACCAAGCCCUCGCUCAGAUGGGCUACAACCUCAGCCCCCAGUUUUCGGAGACACUGGUGCAGCGCUUCGCCGUGCGAGGCGUACGCCCCGGCAUCCAGUUGGACCGCUUCAUUCAGGUGUGCACCCAGCUCCAGACCAUGACCCAGGUCUUCAGGGAGAGAGACACCAGCAUGACGGGCAAUGUACGCCUCAGCUAUGAGGACUUUCUCUCUGGGACCGUCACCAGGCUCAUGUGAGCUAUGGGGUUUCACAGUGUCAUUCCAUGAUCAGGUCCUCUUAGGCUCGCUUUCUAAUGCUGUCUCAGCGUGUUGAUAUAUGUCAACAGUAUAGGAGCCAGCACACAUCAUUCCACGGCUUGUUGCUGUGAGUAGAUAAAGCGUCACCCCACACACCUGUGACUGUGGGUUCAGUCAUCAUCAUCAUACUGCAGGUCCUUCUAAACUUCUUAUAGAUGCCUUAGGGAGAGUUAGAACGUCUCAUUUUUUUUAGACUGAACCAGUACUUGAGUAAGAUUAUAAAGAGCUAAACUCUGAUACAAGAGAACAUUUUAACACAUGUUGCCCUGACAACCAAAGUGAUUUAUUAUCUUUCCCAACUGAAUACAUUCAAAGAUUUUGGAGGUAACUUUGGAAGCCAUAUUAGAUACCAAGUAGAGAUGUUUUCUCUACAACCAACUGCAGGACUGAAGAUGUGUGUCUCCACAGGAUAUCUCCAGGCAAUGGUUGGCCAUUAUAUUAAACAUUGCUUUACCUAUUGAAAUGGUUUUAAAGUAAAGUGUCAAAUAUGUAUAAAAAAAAAAAAUGUAUCAUAGGGUUUGCUAAAUUUCACUUUUUGUAAGCCAGUAAGAUAUUAAAAUAUAAUAGUGUGUGGCCAAAAGACCGGGGACACAGACACACUUCCAGCCUCCCUGUUAUGUUCGUCACUUUCAUCUCAGUGAAAUCCUUAGAGACUGUGAAGCCAGAACAUUAACAGUAAAACUCUCCAACAAUGUUUAUGGUCUGAAUUCGAUAAGCUUGCCAAAAUGGUUCCUGAUGCCAAAUUUUUCUUUUGUAUCUCAUGUUAUAAUGUAUAAAUAAUCUUUGUUUGAAUUUUCAAUGCCAACAAAUACAGUUCUCUGCUUCUUUU